AGGUAAAUCCAAACAGAUUUCUGAAUAUACAUGUUUACUUUAUUAUAAUUUAAAGAACUUGAUUUUUUAAAGUUUUAUAAUCAAAAUAAUGACAAAUACUUGUGAUCCACGGCCUACUCCAUUGUCUGGUAUCUUUAAAGGAACAUUUGCUUACCUAACUAUUCGGGAUCGUAUGCCAGCUAUAUUAACUAAAGUAAUUGAUCAAAUGAGCAGAUUAGCCAGUCAAUAUUAUAAUUCGAACAGUUUGAGCAAAGCUGAGGAUGCAAAAGAAAUUGUUUCAAAGUUGUGCAAGUUGAAAAAUGAAAUGCAAACAAAUAAAGUUAUAAGAAAAUUAAAUGACUUUUCAAAUGAUAGUGAUAUGUGGAAUCAGUUUAUUGAAAAAAUGCCAAUACUUGUUGAAGGUGAAACCAAACCUUCUUGGUUUACUGUAGCAUGGCUUCACUGUGAAUGUUAUAUGUAUAGAAGGAUUAUAGAAACAUUUCUAGAAAGCAAGUUUCAUACUGAGUUGGACCCUUAUUUUGAUCAAAAGUCUGAUGCAUUUCUAUCAUCAAUAGAUGCAAUAAAAGUUUUAGCGUGUUAUUUAAACAACUUAAAAUCGAUUAACUCACAGAUUUACUUGUAUAAAUCAUUUGAAGAUCUAUUAGAGUAUUCAUUAUGGAGUAAUAAAUGUGAUCUUUCGAUAUCAUUUAAUGGAAAUAAUCAAAUAAAAAGCGCUGACGAGCAAAACUAUUUAAAAGCCAACAUUAUAUCGAAUCACACAGAUCAGUUGUGGACAUACCUUGACUGUAUGCGUUUAUCGACUGGAAAAGGUAUCAUUACAUUUGUUUUGGAUAAUGUAGGGUUUGAAUUAUUUAGCGAUCUAUGUUUGGCGGACUUUCUAUUGACUUUCAAGUUUUGCGCAGAAGUUCAUUUUUAUGUAAAAUGCAUGCCGUGGUUUGUGUCAGACACGACAGCUAAAGAUUUUUUUUGGACAAUAGAACAAUGUGUUAAUUCGACAGAUAAAAAUAUUUCAGAUUUAGGAAAGAAAUGGCAGAGUUACUUAGAUAAUAAUCUGUUUAGUAUAGUUGAAGAUACAUUUUGGACUUUACCGUUUGAUUAUUCCAUGCUUGAACAGGAGACACCAUCUCUAUAUUCAAAUUUAAGUAAAUCAAAACUAAUACUGUUUAAAGGUGAUUUAAAUUAUAGGAAAUUGUUUGGCGAUCGAAAUUGGCCUUACACCACCAACAUAAAGGAUGCAUCGUCAGGAUUUCUUCCUGCACCUUGGUGUACUCUCAGAACUUUAAAAGCUGAAGUAGUUGUGGGUCUUGUUCCAGGUAUAUCUGAGAAAUUAGAAACCGAAUUAGACAAUUGGAUGACUUCAGGAGUUUAUGGAGUGGUGCAGUUUUGUAUAUGAUUGCUACCCUAUUGCAUUUUUAUAAAAAUAAUUUAUCUUCA